GUGAUUUCAUUGCUGUCGGGGCUCAUACACAAAACAGGCAUGCACCGUUAAAGAAAUGACACUGCACUUUUUCUUUUCUCCGUAGACGAUUUGCUGGAAGACGCGCAGUAGGUGUGAAUAGAGGGAAAUCAGGAAAUGGCGUCGUCUGGUAAAGAUAUCGAGGCCCCCAGACCGCAACGGAUCCCAUACUGGAGGGUUAUUUUCGAUCAAGGUGCCGUGACAUCGGAAAUCAUCGAGUAUCCCUAUCCUGGAAACGGCACAGACGAUGAACCGUAUAUCGUCGACUGGAUUCCCGACGACCCCCGGAAUCCCAUGCUCUUCAGCGAGACGACGAAAUGGGGAUACACCAUCGUCGUCGCCCUUGCAACUUUUGCAGUAUCGCUGGCCUCGUCUGCCUAUGCCGGAGCCAUUCAGGAAGUCACCGAGUCGUUCGGAAUCGUCCAGGAAGUCGCCACGUUGGGUGUGUCGCUGUUCGUCCUCGGAUUUGCCUUGGGUCCCUUGAUCUGGGCACCGUUGAGUGAAUUGAUCGGUCGUCAAAUCGUGUUCUCCUUCACCUUCUUUGCGCUCGCCGCAUUCUGUGCCGGUGGCGCAGGUGUGCAGAACCCCUGGUCGUUGAUUAUCCUGCGGUUUUUUGCUGGUUCGUUUGGAUCUUCGCCGUUGACCAAUGCUGGUGGUGUUAUUGCCGAUAUCUUCACGGCGGAUAAGAGAGGACUGGCCAUGAGUCUGUUCGCGGGAGCGCCAUUCUUAGGGCCUACCCUUGGUCCCGUCAUUGGUGGUUUCCUCGGCCAAGGCGCCGGCUGGCGAUGGGUGCAGGGCUUCAUGGCCAUCUUCAGCGGUCUCACCUGGAUGCUGGGCAGUGUCCUAGUCCCCGAAACCUACGCCCCUCUUCUCCUUCGCAAACGCGCACAGCGACUCACCAAAAUCACCGGCCACGUAUACUGCAGCAAGCUGGAUCUCGAGCGUGGUGAGGUGUCCAUCGGUGAUGCCUUUGGAGCUGCUCUGCUGCGUCCGUGGAUCCUAUUGUUUGCCGAACCGAUCGUCCUGUCGUUAUCCAUCUAUAUGGCCAUCGUCUAUGGAACGCUUUAUAUGCUCUUCGAUGCCUAUCCGAUCGUCUUCCAGGAGAUCCGUGGUUGGAGUGAAGGGGUUGGCAGUCUUCCAUUCUUGGGUGUUAUGGUUGGCAUGAUGAUCGCUGUCAUUGGCAACAUGUGGGAUAACAAACGCUAUGUUCGCGUCAACAAGCAGUACAACGGCUUCGCACCACCAGAAACUCGCCUAGUUCCGACUAUGAUUGGCGGUCUGGCGGUACCGAUUGGUCUUUUCUGGUUUGCCUGGACGAACGGGACGAAUGUGCAUUGGAUCGUGAGCAUCAUUGCCGGUGCACCAUUCGGAUUUGGCAUGGUCCUUGUCUUCCUCUCCAUCAUGACAUAUCUCGUCGACGCAUACACUAUCUACGCUGCAUCCGUGCUGGCCGCGAACUCGGUCAUCCGUUCCUGCUUCGGUGCCGGAUUUCCGCUGUUCACCACGUACAUGUACAACAACCUGGGCAUCCAUUGGGCGUCGUGCAUCCCCGCCUUCCUUGGCGUGGCAUGCCUGCCUUUCCCGUUCCUGUUCUACCGGUACGGCCCGCAGAUUCGGCGGCGUUGCAAGUACGCCGCCGAAGCGGACGAUUUCAAGCGCAAGCUGAUGGAGAAUGCUGUGCAGCCGGAGGAACCCGUCUCCAAGGACAAGGUUGACGGUGCAGUUGACGAAGAUCAUGUCGAUGACGGUGAUUCCAUCCGUACUGCGUCGACGGAGCAACAGAACGAGGCCAUGUACCAGGAGAACCCGUACGAUAUCGACCGUGUCAACACGCGGAACUCGGCCAUCACACAACGGUCGCGCUCCAGGUCGACCCGAAGUCGGCGCAAGUCAUUUUUCCGUUUCUAA